AUGUUUCAGAAGGAGAAAGCAAUCGUGCUGCGGGUGCAAGAAAUGGGAGAGGAAUCCGAACCACUGACAGAGGAGGUCUCAAGGGCGAUACAAUCGUUAUGGUCUGAUCCAGGAGUUAAAAAAGCGUACGAGAUGCGCAGCGAGUACCAGUUGACAGAUUCAGCUAAAUAUUUUCUCGACUCGUGCGCCCGAGUGAGUGAACCUGGCUAUCGGCCUACAGAACAGGAUAUACUCUAUUCACGAGUGGCAACAACCGGUGUGGUAGAAGUUAAAUUUAAAAUCAAGGAGCUAGAUUUUAGGUAUGUGCAUUAG